UGUGAAGCGUAUAAACGGUAUGUUAGAAUUAAAAUGGAUUUUCUUUUUAGUACUUCAAACGAUUUUUAUUGCAAAUACAACCGGCUCGGUGGGAGACAGGUCACAAUUUUACAAUCUGUGCCUUGCAAAAUGUCAAGACAGUAAUUGCGAAAGCGAUGAAGACUUUAAAGCGAAACCUUCCAUACUGUUAAGAUUGCUACUAUGGUCUUGUAAAGAAGACUGUAGUUACGGAUGUUCUUGGGAAACAGUUAACUAUUUUAUUUCUCAUGGGUUACACGUACCUCAGUUUCAUGGAAAAUGGCCGUUUAUACGUUUUUUUGGAUGCCAGGAACCCGCGUCCGUCAUAUUUUCUAUAUUAAAUCUUUACGCUCAUGUUACCAUGUAUUGGAAGUUUAAAAAAAAAUUGAGAUCCACCGAUCCCAUGUUUUAUAUAUGGACUUACUUUAGUAUGAUAUGCAUACAUGGCUGGUUUUGGUCUUCUGUUUUUCAUGCACGCGACACUCCAUUUACCGAAGCAAUGGAUUAUUCUUGUGCAUUUAUUAUGGUUCUUACAUUAUUCUAUUGUAUGUUAUUAAGGAUAACGUAUAACAGUAAUAAAAUGUUAGCUGUGAUCACAUGUGGAUACUUUAGUACUUUAUAUACGCAUUUAUCUCAUUUAUGGUCUGGUUAUAUUAAUUAUGACUAUAAUAUGAAAUUCAAUGUAGCUAUAGGAUUUUUAACGUUUGUCAUAACAAUGAUCUGGUGGCAUCAUAAUCGUAAAAAGUUAUCUUACAUUCACCUAAUUGGAUGGUUCAAUGUAUUAACUGUUCUUGUUACUGUAUUAGAAGUAGCAGAUUUUGCGCCAAUAUUUUGGAUAUUCGAUGCUCAUUCUUUAUGGCAUGCUAGUACAGCUCCUCUUACGAUUUUAUUGUACAGAUUUAUGAUGGCAGAUUGUGCUUAUUUGAAGACAUGUUAUAGUAAAUUGACUUUAGACAUCGAUCACCACAUACGAUAAAUUACAGAUAAAUUGAGAUUUCAACUUUAUGCAACUGUAACGUUUAUAACUUGAGCAUUUAUAAACAGUACAUAAUA